AAUUGGGAAAGCAUAUAGGGAUAGGAUAUUUGCAUGCUCAUGAUUAGAUGCUUGGAUACCUUUUGGCAUUUAUAAAACUUAGCGCGCAAGCCAGUAGUAAUCUUCAAUUGAUAGCUUAGAGUUGUCCGUCCCCAUUCAGUUUAUUGUUUUGUGAGAUUACUUUGUUUUUCAUCUGCUGUAGUUGUCUUUGAGAGAUAGUAAUGUUUUCGAGUAAGCCGGGUUUUUAGUGUUGUUUCUCGUUGUUUGGGAAGUCGUCGGACGCGUUUGUGCUUCGUUGGUUAGUGGGAGUGUCUUGACAAGGGUAGUAAACAGGUAGCAUUAGGAACGUGUCCUCGUUGUUUGAUCCAAUUCCUGCAACUACGAAGGUUACGUAACUUAUAAAACGAUAUGUGUUGCGUGGGUGUAUCUUUCAUAUAUUUAACCAACCGGAUAUACAUUGUUAUUCGCCUUGAUUAGAUCUGGUUUUAUCAAUCGAAUAUUGGUCACUAACUGAAACCUUUGCGGAUCCGACCUAUUUCCACAUUUUAUCGGUGAAGAACAGUUGCCCAUAAUGGCGUCUUUAUUUGGCCUCGCACGGCGCAAUUGGUUGGCGUUCAACCCUUCCGAGACGCCCAAGUCGGCUGGUCCACUUCGGUUCGGAAUACUCGGUGCCGCUGAUAUUGCACCGAUGUCUCUUAUCCUCCCGGCAAAAACUCAUCCGGAUGUUGUCAUUCAGACCGUAGCCGCUCGAGAUCCGAAGAAGGCAAAAGCCUAUGCCCAGAAGCAUGGAAUACAAGAGGUGUCUUCGAACUAUCAAGACUUGCUCGAUAACCCUACUAUUGACUGCGUCUAUAUACCUUUGCCCAAUGGAUUACACUUCGAGUGGGCUCUUCGGGCCUUGAAAGCUGGGAAGCACGUUCUAUUAGAGAAGCCGUCGGUGGACAAUGUAGCCGAAGCUGAGGCUCUCUUUAAGAACCCGAUUCUUAAUAGCCCCAAGGCGCCAGUUCUACUCGAGGCUGCGCAUUAUGCUUUCCAUCCUGCUUGGACCGCAUUUAUGUCAUACGUUUCACCUGCCGAUGUUUUUAGUGCGAAAGCAGUGCUAUGGGUUCCAAAGUGGAAGUUUGCCGCCGAUGACAUCAGAUACCAGUACGAUCUGGGAGGAGGUGCGCUCAUGGAUCUUGGUGCAUAUACGGCGAGCAUUCUUACUCGCGUGUUUGGCGCCGUGGCAGAUGAAUGUGAAGAAUGCCUCAUUCAGGCAGCCUCCUACGAUUCGAGAUGCGACCGGCUUUUCAAGGCUCGGUAUAAAUUUCCAGGCGGCGGGCGGGGCGAGAUGGAAGGCGACCUAAAAGCGCCCCUUGAUCGUAUGUCGCCUGAUAUUUACGUGGAACAUACUCCGAAAGUGGUAUCUAGUGUGGAUGUAGGGAUCCAAGUGCCCCAUGAUCAGGAAGUGGUGCGCAUACGGAAGAUCAAGUUCUCAAAUUUUAUCAUGCCCACAAUUUUCCAUUCUAUCCAGAUAGACGACGAGUUCCUAACGAGGAAGAUCGGGGACAAGUCUGGGACCGCCGUAAAGAAGUGGACGAAGAGUAAGACCAUUAAGGCAUACACGUUCAAAGAUGUUGACGUCGACCAACCGGGUGAGCCUUCGUGGACGACUUACCGAUACCAGCUGGAGGAAUUCGUUAAUAAAGUCCGUGGACGUGAAGCACGACAAUGGGUGGGCGGCGCUGAUUCGAUUAAUACCGCAAAGAUGAUCGACAUGGCAUAUAUAGCCGCGAAGUUGCCAUUACGACCUACGAGUAAAUUGGUAAAUGGUACCUAAGUAUAUAGAGGCUCAUGAUAACAGAAUGAAAAUUUCACAUUUCUCUUACUAGGUUAGUCCUUUACUAUGUUACAUGGUGUAACCUCAUAAAUAUAAAGACAUAUGCAUUUUAGAGGAAUA